GCUGCACUAAAAUAAAAUGGCUGGUAUGGCCAGUUUCUUGUUGGGACAGUGUACGCCAUAAAUUUUUUACGGGGAAGCUGCAGCAUCCGCGCUAUUUAAUUGCUGCCUUAGACCCAUCUCAAGCGUUCCCGGUACGUUCCUGCACUCGUUAUAUGGAGAUUACAGGGAUGGGGUGUCGACAACCGCAUAUGGCAUUGGUAAUCCGGAACACUUAGCUUCUUCAUUGUCAACGCAUCAGGCGACAUUUUCCUGGAGAAGCACUGGAAAUCGGUGAUCCACCGCAGUAUCUGCGAGUAUUUCUUCGAAGCGCAGAAGAAAUACCGCAAACCCGAAGAGAUCCCGCCUGUGUUGCAGACGCCCCACCACUACCUAAUCAUCAUCUAUCGGUCCAAUCUGUUCUUCAUCGGGGUGGUGAUGAAGGAAUGCCCGCCGCUCUUCGUCACCGAGCUGCUGCACCGCAUUGUCGACGUGUUCGAGGACUACUUCGGGGACAGUAAGGAGGCGACGAUUAAGGAGCAUUUCGUCGUGGUGUACGAGCUGCUGGAUGAGAUGCUGGAUAAUGGGUACCCCCUGGCGACGGAGAGCAACAUCCUCAAGGAGCUCAUCAAACCCCCCACGUUCUUGCGCGCCCUGGCCAACACGAUGACGGGGAACACCAAUGUGGCCCAGACAUUACCAACCGGACAGUUGUCCAAUGUUCCCUGGCGGCGUGCUGGUGUGAAAUACACGAACAACGAAGCUUAUUUCGAUCUCAUCGAGGAAAUCGAUGCCAUUGUGGACAAAUCCGGCAGUAUUGUUAGUGCGGAAAUCCAAGGGUACAUUGACUGUGUGAUGAAACUGAGCGGUAUGCCCGAUCUCUCGCUGACCUUCGUCAACGCCCGCAUCUUCGACGACGUCAGCUUCCACCCGUGCGUCCGCUUCAAGCGCUGGGACUCGGACCGGAUGUUGUCGUUUGUGCCGCCCGACGGCCACUUUCGGCUCAUGUCGUACCACGUGGGCUCCUCCAGUCUGGUGCCCAUCCCCCUCUACAUCCGCCACAAUAUCCACUUCAAGCAGGGCAGCAACGGCAAGCUGGACAUCACCGUGGGCAGUAAGCAGUCCAUGGGACGCCCGGUGGAGGAUGUCAAAGUGGACAUUCCCAUGCCCAAGACCUGCAUCAACUGCUCGCUGACGCCCAAUCAGGGCAAGUUCACCUACGAUACCGUGACGAAGGUCGGGACGUGGGACGUCGGGAAGAUUGAUCCGCAGAAGCUGCCUAAUAUACGGGGAACGAUCCAGCUGACCAGCGGCUCCGACACACCGGAAGCCAAUCCGACGCUGAGUGUGCGCUUCAAAGUGGAGCAGGUUGCCAUGUCGGGACUGCGCGUUAACCGGUUGGAUAUCUUCGGGGAAAAGUACAAGCCGUUCAAAGGCGUUAAAUAUAUGACGAAAGCCGGUUUAUUCCAAGUUCGAACGUGAAAUCUUUUUUUAAAUGGAUUAUUUAAUUUCUAAUCAGAAAACCAACGGAUUAAUUUUUAAUGGUCGGGUUGUGGACGUGUAGUUAAUUUUUGACUCUGUUCUGUUGUUUUUAAUGGGAUAUGUGUUGUAGUCUCGUGAACAUUCCACUGCAGAAUGUCGAUAAUGUUGUGACUCGCAUUGUGGAUGAUAAAGCGGUUUAAUUUAUUGAUCUUAAAGAAGAAUAUGAAAAUUUUGGA